GGCGCCCCAGGCCUGGGGGGCCUGCGGGCAACCACAGGGGAACGCCGGCAGGCAGCGCCGCGGCGGACUGCGGUGGACCUGGCUGGAGCGCGAGGCGUGGAAGGAUGCUGGGCUCCCACUCUCUACCCCGAGCAACGAGGCCUCCAAGCUGUUUGAUGCCACCCUGACCCAGUAUGUAAAAUGGACCAAUGACAAGAGUCUCGGGGGAAUUGAGGGCUGCCUGGCAAAGCUCAAAGCUGCAGAUCCAACCUUUGCGAUGGGCCAUGUCCUCUCUAAUGGCCUCAUGCUGAUUGGCACCGGAAGCUCUGUGAGGCUGGACAAAGAGCUGGACCUGGAUGUGAAGACCAUGGUGAAGAUUUCAACAACCCAGCCGCUAACGCGGCGAGAGCAGCUGCACGUGUCUGCAGUAGAGAUGUUUGCCAAGGGGAACUUCCCGAAAGCCUGUGAACUAUGGGAACAGAUUCUCCGGGACCACCCAACAGACAUGUUGGCCCUGAAAUUUUCCCACGAUACCUACUUUUACUUGGGCUACCAGGAACAGAUGCGAGAUUCUGUGGCUCGAAUUUACCCCUUCUGGACACCCGAGAUCCCUCUUAGCAGCUACGUGAAAGGCAUCUACUCUUUUGGAUUGAUGGAAACCAACUUCUACGAUCAGGCAGAAAAACUCGCCAAAGAGGCCUUGUCUGUUAACCCCACGGAUGCGUGGUCCGUGCACACCAUCGCCCACGUCCAUGAGAUGAAGGCAGAGAUCAAGGAUGGAGUGGAGUUUAUGCAGCGCUCAGAGAACCACUGGAAGGACUCCGACAUGCUCGCUUGCCAUAAUUAUUGGCACUGGGCGUUAUAUCUGAUUGAAAAGGGCGAGUACGAGGCCGUGCUGACCAUUUAUGACAGCCAUAUCCUCCCCAGCCUGCGAGCCAGUGGUGCGAUGCUGGACGUGGUGGAUGCCUGUUCCAUGCUCUAUCGCCUCCAGAUGGAAGGGGUGUCUGUGGGCCAGCGGUGGCAGGAUAUCCUGACCGUGACCCGGAAGCAUAGUCGAGACCACAUCCUGCUGUUCAAUGAUGUGCACUUUCUGAUGGCAUCCCUGGGUGCACGGGAUCCCCAGACCACACAGGAGCUGUUGACCACCCUGUGGGCUGCCAGCGAGUCCCCAGGAGAGAACUGUCAGCAUUUUCUGGCUCGAGAUGUAGGGCUGCCCCUCUGCCAGGCCUUGGUGGAGGCCGAGGAUGGGAACUUUGACCGUGUGGUGGAACUGCUGCUGCCCAUCCGCUACCGGAUCGUCCAGAUUGGAGGCAGCAAUGCCCAGAGAGAUGUCUUCAACCAGUUAUUGAUUCACGCGGCCUUAAACUGUGCCUCCAGCGUCCAUAAGAAUGUGGCCCGGAGCCUUCUGAUGGAGAGAGAUGCCUUGAAGCCUCACUCGCCCCUGACUGAACGGCUCAUGCGCAAGGCAGCUGCUGUCCACCUCAUGCAGUGAGCCUUGGAGGUGCCUCCCUUGCUCCAAUCAGAGCCUGUGUGGGAGGCUGAUAGAGAUCUCCAGCUGUAAGCAGAAAGCCCUGAAAACCAGCAGUUUUACAGGAAGACGGGUGCACAAAUUCAUUUUAAUAGAAUAUGAUUCAGGAUCUUUUGAUCCUCGUUGGAGGCCAACGUGCAUUUUAAGCAGUCAGAGCCAGUGGCAGUGCUGUUCUUUCCACUUACCCUGCAAACUGUUUCCCCAGGGAAACGCUGAUGCUUCCUAGUGUUCAAAGGUUGGAAUGCAGGGCAGGGGUGGGGCAGACCUAGCCCUAGCGGCGGCCUCCCCUACAUUUAAUUCUCCUUAUAGACAGGUUCUGUUGUCCCCUCUUUCAGAUGAGGGUACUGAGGAGGGGUGCACAGCGGGUGGUGACUUGCCUGGGUUCUUACUGUCUUUGGCCUCGGCCCACUGCCCCCACUGCCCUCCUUAUAGAUGAACAAGCUUGUGGAGCUGCUCCUUCUGUCCCUGAGGGGGGUCUUCAAGCCUCCCUGUGGGGCUCUGGUGGUGCCGCUUUGGGCUUCUUUCUCUGUUUAAACUGCACACCAUGCGAGGCCUCAGGUGCAUUCUUUGGUCAACUAUGAUUUUAAGCACAUAAAUGGCACGUUUCUAGGGUGUGAGGAUGGAGCUCAGGGACGCUCUGCUGUGGCAAAAACUAAAGCACCAUGACAUGUGGUUGUACCAACAUUUGAGCUAGUCUUACGAAUGCUGCCUCUAUCUCCUCCUUCCCACGGUUAACCUGCCUGAGGUCCCUUCUGGAUGUGCUGACUCUUGCAGCUGCUGUCAGCCUUCCUGUGAGGGGAGGUCCUGGUGCAAAGGUGUUUGCAAGUUUCUUUCCAUCAGAAAUUAAAUAGGGGCGGCACCCGUAGCUCAGUGGGUAAGGCCCCGACCACAUACACCAAGGCUGGUGGGUUGGACCCUGGCUUGGCCUGCUAAAACAAUGACCACAAC